AGGAGGAGGAAGGAAGAAAGACGCAGUGGAGUGGAGUAGAGCGGAGUGGAAUGGAGUGCAGUGGAAUGGAAUGGAGUGCAGUGCAGUGGGGUGGAGCGGACUUGAAUGGAGCGGAGUGCUGAGAAUAUGAUUGUAGAGCCAGUUUGGUCGGAGAUGGACAAUGGCUCUUUCCCGAGGUCUGAGAUGCUGUGCCCGAGUGUUUUCCUGGAUACCUGUCCUCAUAAUCACCUCCGUGGUGCUGUGGUCCUAUUACGCCUAUGUGUUUGAGCUAUGUGUCUUCACUAUCAGCAACACAUUGGAGAAGGUGGCCUACCUACUGGUGUUCCAUGUGUGUUUUGUGAUGUUCUCCUGGACCUAUUGGAAGGCCAUCUUCACUCCUCCUGCCACACCCUGCAAGAAGUUCCAGCUGUCGUACUCCGACAAGGACCGUUAUGAGAGGGAGGAGAGGCCUGAUGCUCAGAAACAGAUUCUGGUGGACAUCGCUAAGAGUCUCCCCAUCUUCACUAGAGCUACGUCUGGAGCUAUCAGGUUCUGUGACCGGUGCCAGGUGCUGAAGCCUGACCGCAGUCACCAUUGCUCUGUAUGUGAAACGUGUGUUCUGAAGAUGGAUCAUCACUGUCCGUGGGUGAAUAACUGUGUGGGGUUCUCCAACUACAAGUUCUUCCUCCUCUUCCUGUCCUACUCCAUGGUCUACUGUGUGUUCAUCUCUGCCUCAGUCUUCAGAUUCUUCAUCAACUUCUGGGUGGGGGACCUGCCAAAUGGACCCGCUAAGUUCCACGUUCUCUUCCUGAUGUUUGUGGCUUUGAUGUUCUUGGUCAGUCUCAUGUUCCUGUUGGGUUACCACUGCUGGCUGGUCGUCCAGAACCGGUCCACACUAGAGGCGUUCUCUGCUCCAGUCUUCACGACAGGACCAGACCGUAAUGGUUUCAAUGUGGGGAUCAGGAGGAACCUGCAGCAGGUGUUUGGAGACAAUAAGAGACUCUGGUUCCUGCCUAUCUGCACCAGCCAAGGAGAUGGCCACUACUUCCCUCUGAAGAGCCUGAGUGAAUCCUCAACCUCUCUAUUAGCCAAUGAGGAGAAAUGGGAUGAGGAAGAGGAGUCAGAGGACGACAACAUAAGUGGUGACAGGGAUCCCUCUGUUACCGUAGAGAUGGACGAAGAGGAGUAGGAUCACUUUAUGGACUUUAUAAACGGUGCAGUGGGUGUUGUACCCUGAGGAGGCAGACGGACCCUGAGGAGGCAGACGGACCCUGAGGAGGCAGACGGACCCUGAGGAGGCAGACGGACCCUGAGGAGGCAGACAGACCCUGUGGGACCAUCGGACACACGGAAGACCUCAAAGUGCAGCCAAAACUUUCUUAGACGUCACCUUCUCAAUAUCAGGAAGAGUUUUCAGUUCACCAUGGAGGAAGGACAAUGUUAGGGGAACAGAAGUCCAUUAAUAUUAUGUCACAGUACACAAUUGUUUUAAGAGAAAGACCAUGUCUAGCACUGUCUCCUUACUUCUGUUGUCUCUGUACCCUUACUUCUAUUGUCUCUGUCUCCCUACUUCUCUGUCUCCCUACUUCUGUUGUCUCUGUCUCUCUACUUCUGUUGUCUCUGUCUCUCUACUUCUGUUGUCUCUGUCUCUCUACUUCUGUUGUCUCUGUCUCUCUACUUCUGUUGUCUCUGUCUCUCUACUUCUGUUGUCUCUGUCUCUCUACUACUGUUGUCUCUACUUCUGUUGUCUCUGUCUCUCUACUUCUGUUGUCUCUGUCUCUCUACUUCUGUUGUCUCUGUCUUUCUACUUCUGUUGUCCCUGUCUCUCUACUUCUGUUGUCUCUGUCUCUCUACUUCUGUUGUCUCUGUCUCUCUACUUCUGUUGUCUCUGUCUCUCUACUUCUGUUGUCUCUGUCUCUCUACUUCUGUUGUCUCUGUCUCUCUACUACUGUUGUCUCUACUUCUGUUGUCUCUGUCUCUCUACUUCUGUUGUCUCUGUCUCUCUACUUCUGUUGUCCCUGUCUCUCUACUACUAUUGUCCCUGUCUCUCUACUUCUGUUGUCUCUACUUCUGUCUCUCUACUUCUGUUGUCUCUGUCUCCCUACAUCUGUUGUCUCUGUCUCUCUACUUCUGUUGUCUCUGUCUUUCUACUUCUGUUGUCCCUGUCUCCCUACAUCUGUUGUCUCUGUCUCUCUACUUCUGUUGUCCCUGUCUCUCUACUACUAUUGUCCCUGUCUCUCUACUACUGUUGUCUCUACUUCUGUUGUCUCUACUUCUGUUGUCUCUACUUCUGUUGUCUCCGUCUCCCUACCUCUCCUGUAUUAUUGUGUAUCUUUAUAUAGUAUAGCUGCUAGCUAGCUUUUCAUUUCUCGUCUGUUUAUUUGUUUAUGUAAUGUUAAUGUAAAUAGCGUUGUGAUUUACAUCUUUAAAUGAAAAGAGCUCUAUAAAUGUCAUGUAUUAUCAUUAUUCCAGUAUGCCCUUAAGGCCCAAUCAGAAUGGAGAAAGCCCAUUAAAACCACAUGUAUUUGUUGUCAUCUUAGGGCCAUGCACCUGUCGUUCCUUUGUAUUGUAAAGAUGCUGCCCUGCCCAAAUCAAAUGUUAUCUGUACGUGCGCCGAAUACAACAGGUGUAGUAGA